AUGAGGAUGACAAUGGAAGAGAUGAAGAAUGAAUCAGAGACCACUUCCAUGGUUUCCAUGCCUCUAUACGCGGUUAUGUAUCCAGUCUUUAACGAGUUAGAACGAGUAAACCUUUCAGCAGCUCAGACUCUCCGGGCAGCAUUUAUAAAGGCAGAAAAAGAGAAUCCAGGGCUCACACAAGAUAUCAUUACAAAAAUUCUGGAAAAGAAGAGUGUAGAAGUGAAUUUUACAGAAUCUCUCCUGCGUAUGGCAGCUGCUGAUGUGGAAGAAUAUAUGAUUGAAAGACCUGAACCAGAGUUCCAGGAGCUAAAUGAGAAAGCACGAGCGCUUAAACAGAUCCUUGGCAAGAUACCUGAUGAAAUCAAUGACAGAGUGAGGUUCCUUCAGACAAUCAAGGAUAUUGCUAGUGCAAUAAAGGAACUUCUUGACACAGUCAACAAUGUCUUCAAAAAGUACCAGUACCAGAAUCGUAGGGCGCUUGAGCACCAAAAGAAAGAAUUUGUAAAGUACUCUAAAAGUUUUAGCGAUACUCUGAAAACCUAUUUUAAAGAUGGAAAGGCAUUAAAUGUAUUUAUAAGUGCCAACCGCUUAAUUCAUCAAACCAACUUGAUACUCCAGACCUUUAAAACUGUGGCCUGA